UCAGAAAGUGCACGAUCGUAACGCUAGAGCGGCCGUCCGAUCGCGCAGCAGAUGAUGUCCGCCAAUAUCGCGACGGUAAGCCUAUGCUCGUAGUACCGUUGAUGGUCGUGAUUCAUGUGCUGUGAGCAUCGUUCGUGGUCUGCGGAUAGAUAUUCCGUGCUGUUAACGACGGUGAUAUUAUUGGCGCAUCGAAAAUUCGCAUCGUACACUGCGACGGUACUGUCAUAUCGGACCGCUCAAUUAUGUCACGGGGGCGACCGUACUCGCGCCCGCGGCUACUUCACUGAGAUCGGUGAGCAACCACCGAGCAAAUCGUGACACUCUCACGGCGGCGGACGACGAAAAAAAAAAGAAAGAAAAGAAAGGAGAUCGGCUCCAUCGGGUUGUUGACAGAAGCGCAAUAUUUCCCUCUUGGCUCCGACUCUUCGACUCUACCGUGUGUCUGUCUAGUUUUCCGCGUCUCUUUCUCUCUCGCUGCUUCCCGUCUCCCUCCCUCCUUCGCGCGCUCCUUGCGCUCUCGUGGCCCAUCGUCGUUGUCGCUCUUCCCCGCAAUCGUCAAAAGCGCGUACCUUAUCCCUCUUGGCUUUGGCGUUUCGCUCGCCGGGCUGGAAAAAUAGUGGCUCGCACGUAAAGAGAGGCGUCGCGUGUGACGUUAAAUGGUCGCGAGGAGGAAGCUACCCGUCGUCGAUCCUCUCCACGUUGUCACAGCGAGUGCGGUUUAGUGAUUGUACUUGGCCGCGGUGAUCCGCGAUCAUCGGCUGUUCCCGAUACGUAAAUGAGUGCACGCUACGCUUAAACAGAAGCAGCGGUGUCAAUGUAUACGCGGCGCAGCGCGCUUAUCAAAGCAGCAUCGUCGAGACGGCAUUUCUGAGGAGAGGAGGACCUUUCGCACACAUUGAGACCGAAAAUUCGACAUGAUGAAGAGCAGUGCCCUGAUGAAGAAGGAGAGCAAAAUGCGCAUACGUGCUUUUCCGACAACUAUGGAUGAGAAGUAUGUGGAAAGCAUUUGGGCCUUACUAAAGAGUGCUAUUCAAGAAAUACAGAAGAAAAAUAACUCUGGCCUCAGUUUUGAAGAACUUUAUCGCAAUGCUUAUACAAUGGUUCUUCAUAAGUAUGGAGAACGCUUGUACACAGGACUGAAAGAAGUUGUAACGCAUCAUCUUGAAAACAAAGUGCGAGAGGAUGUUCUUCGCUCUUUGCAUAAUAAUUUCUUGCAAACUUUAAAUCUUGCAUGGAAUGAUCAUCAAACGUCAAUGGUGAUGAUCAGAGACAUUUUGAUGUACAUGGAUAGAGUGUAUGUUCAACAAAAUGAUGUAGACAAUGUGUAUAAUCUUGGAUUAAUUAUUUUUCGAGAUCAGGUGGUCAGAUAUGGAUGUGUCAGAGAUCAUUUACGAGAAACAUUAUUAGGUAUGGUUGCAAGAGAGAGAAGAGGAGAAGUUGUAGAUCGUAGCGCUAUAAAAAAUGCCUGCCAAAUGUUAAUGUUACUUGGAAUUAACAGUCGCCAAGUUUAUGAAGAAGAUUUUGAAAGACCUUUUUUACAACAAAGUGCUGAGUUUUAUAGAAUGGAAUCUCAAAAAUUUCUGGCUGAAAAUAGCGCAUCGGUAUACAUAAAAAAGGUUGAAGCUAGAAUUUGUGAAGAAUCUGAAAGAGCGAAACAUUAUUUAGAUGAAUCUACUGAACCACGAAUAGUAGAAGUCGUAGAAGAAGAAUUAAUCAAAAUCCACAUGAAAACUAUUGUUGAGAUGGAAAACAGCGGUGUAGUACACAUGCUCAAAAAUCAGAAAACAGAAGAUCUUGGUUGUAUGUAUAAACUAUUUUCAAGAGUGUCGGACGGAUUACGCACUGUAUGCGAUUGUGUAUCUCAAUUCCUUAGAGAGCAGGGUCGUGCUUUAGUGCAAGAAGAGCAUGAAUCAACAACAAACGCUGUUCUUUACGUCCAAAACUUGUUAGAUUUAAAAGAUCGCUUCGAUCAUUUUCUACAUUAUUCUUUCAAUAACGAUAAAAAUUACAAACAAAUGAUAGCUUCGGACUUUGAAUACUUUCUUAAUUUAAAUCCUAAAAGCCCGGAGUAUCUUUCACUUUUUAUCGAUGAUAAAUUGAAGAAAGGUGUUAAAGGGAUGACAGAACAGGAAAUUGAAGGAAUCUUAGAUAAAACUAUGGUCUUAUUCCGCUUCUUACAAGAGAAGGAUGUAUUUGAACGGUACUAUAAGCAACACUUAGCCAAGCGGUUAUUAUUGAAUAAGUCAGUUUCAGAUGACAGUGAAAAGAAUAUGAUAUCCAAGCUUAAGACUGAAUGCGGAUGUCAGUUCACAUCGAAAUUGGAAGGCAUGUUUAAAGAUAUAACAGUCAGCAACACUAUUAUGGAUGAAUUCAAAGAUCAUGUUCUUACAUCAGGUACGAACUUACAUGGUGUGGAUAUAAGCGUUCGGGUACUCACAACUGGUUUCUGGCCAACGCAAUCAGCCACUCCAAAGUGUAGUAUGCCUACCGCACCGCGCGAUGCCUUCGAUGCCUUUCGGCGCUUCUAUUUGGCUAAACAUAGCGGUCGACAAUUAACAUUACAGCCACAAUUAGGCUCUGCAGAUCUGAAUGCUGUUUUCUAUGGACCACGAAGAGAAGAGAGUAAUUGUGGAGGUUUGGAUACUCCAUCAUCUUCAAGUUCUAUCGGAAAUGGUAGUAGCGCUAGCAACAGUUUAGUGAGUCAGCGAAGCAGCAGUGUAUAUAGUACACCGCGAAAGCACAUAAUACAAGUUUCCACAUACCAAAUGUGUGUGUUAAUGCUGUUCAAUAAAAGGGAAAGGCUAACAUAUGAGGAAAUUCAAGGUGAAACCGAUAUUCCAGAGAGAGAUUUGGUUAGAGCAUUACAAUCUCUUGCCAUGGGUAAAGCUACACAAAGAAUUUUACUUAAAUAUCCUCGUACUAAAGAAAUCGAACCUUCGCACUGUUUCUGUGUGAACGACAGCUUUACUAGCAAAUUACAUAGAGUAAAAAUCCAGACCGUAGCUGCGAAGGGAGAAUCUGAGCCUGAGAGAAGAGAGACGCGCAAUAAAGUUGAUGAAGAUCGAAAACAUGAAAUUGAAGCAGCCAUCGUGCGGAUUAUGAAGGCCCGCAAGCGUAUGCCUCACAACAUACUCGUAACAGAAGUAACAGAGCAAUUGAAAGGUCGAUUUUUACCUUCACCUGUAAUAAUUAAAAAACGUAUCGAAGGUUUAAUCGAACGGGAAUAUUUGGCUCGUACACCGGAAGAUCGAAAAGUGUAUACAUACGUUGCUUAAUGCUGAGUUCAACAUUGGAUGUGUACAAACAUUUUAAUCAGUCACUGACUUGGUACAAUGCAGAAUAUUUAUUGUAGUAUGCCAAAAGUGUGGGAUCUAUGAAUCUGUAAGAGAUGCAGAAAUUGUUAAUGGGAUAAAAUGUGCGCAUGAGCUAAAAUAAAGAUGAAGAUCUUAUAAUAAACUGCUGAAGUUCAAUUCGAACAUGUAUUACACAGGCUCAUGCUGUAGUGAAGAAAGGCGAAACAAACGGCGUCGUAUUUUUAUUUGUAUUUCUCUUUAUUUAUUAAUAUAGAGUUUUAAUAUUUAAAUGAAGGUUUUACCCUUUCUUACAUAAAACUGAAUAAAAAUAAAAUCUUACAACAGUA